AUGGCUAGACCGAACAGAUGUGUCUGCAGACGGCAAAAAAACGGCGUUAAUCAUGUAUCCGAUUUGAGACUAGAGGUUCUUUUGGAAGACUGCAACUUGGGUCUAAAGGCCCUGUUUAAUACCGACCUGGAAAGCACAAUGAUAAUAACGAAACUCUGGAAACGCACGGCCCUCUAUCAGCCGCCAGGUCCACCGCGAAGCAACUAUCCCCCGGUGAUUCCGAUAAACCAUGAACAAACUUGCCGUAUAAUAGAAGUUAUUGGCAGAACACAAACGCUGUACCAAAAGAACUACCGCAAGCAAAUGCUGAUGAAAAGACAGUACAAAAAGAACCCGAAGGAAUACAACGGGCUUUCGGAUGGCGAUGUGCUUAGAGAGCUAAAGUCCGCG